UGUUAAAAAGGGAAUACAGUAUUUGCAGACAAAUACACCAAAAAAUUUUUUUCCGCACAUACAAUUUUUGCGACAAAGCGCAUUCCGUGACAAUCUGUUAAACGAGUUGAAUAUUGGUUUCAAAUAAUAAAUUUGUUAAUUUUAUAAGAUAAUUACACCAUAUUGUAAGCUAAGUUUAAUUUAUAAUUGAAAUGUCUGCCGAUGAACAAAUUCCUGCACCUGCCACUACGGAGGAAAUUGGCGUUGACCACGAACGCAAUGAAAAAAUUUUAAAAGGCAAAGAACUUUAUAGUAAUGGUUCUAGAAACUUUCUUGUGAAGAGUUACUCUGAAGCAGCUGAUCAAUUAAGUCAAGUCUGUGGAAUUUAUGAAGAGUUGUAUGGCUCAUUAUCUACCGAAUUAGGGAUGCCAUAUUUAUUAUAUGCAAAAUCUUUGAUUGCUUUAGCGUUGGAUGAAAACAAAGUAAUAGAUGUACCCGAUGAAGAAGAAGAGGAUGGAGAUGAUGGUGAUGGUGAUGAUGAAAGUGGUGAAAAUGGCGAACAAAAUGACACAGAAAAUAAAACUGAUGAAGCAGAUUCUACUGCUGAAAACAGUAGUGGAAAUAAUGUUGUCGAUAGUGCAGAAGCCAAUAAGGAAUCCAUAGAUGAAGCAAUGGUGACCAGUACAGAAGAAGAAAAAAUAACUGAAGAGAAAGAUUUAACAAAUGGUUCAGCCGAUGCGACUGAUAGUAAAAGUGCUGCAAGUGCUGCGCCUAUAAAAGACAACGAAAAGCCCAGUACAUCUAACGGUGAGACUGAAAAUUGUGAAGACGAAGAGGAUGAUGCAGCUUCGAAUUUACAAUUGGCAUGGGAAAUUCUUGAAUUGGCAGCCAAAAUAUUUUCAGAGCAAGGUGCAAGUGGCCUAUCCAACUUGGCUGAAGUUCAAACUGAACUAGCAAAUAUUGAAUUCGAAAAUAAUAUUUUAGAUGCUGCACGUGAUGAUUACGGCAAAGCAUUAAAAAUAUACUCAGAACUUCCAACAAAUUAUAGACGCGCAAAAGCUGAAAUUCAUUACAAAAUCGGUUUAACAUAUUUAAUGCAGCAACUUAAUAAGGAAGGAGCUGAAUCGCUUAAAGAGGCUUGUAAAUUAAUAGAAGAAGAAAUUAAAGAUAUACAAGCAAAAACUGAUAUAAAUGAGAAAGAUAAAAACAACAUACAAGAUAUGGAAGAAACGAAACAGGAAAUUUGGGCGAAAAUAGCUGAAAUUGAAGAAACUCAAGCACAGAAUAUUGCCGAAGUACGUGCAGCACUAGAUAGCUAUAUAAAACCUGCACAAAAUGGAAAUGGGGCAGGUCCUUCUUCAUCUAGUAAUUCUGCAGACGCAGGUUCUUCUUCGGCAAUAAGUUCUUCAUCGAAACCAACAGAUAUUUCACAUUUAAUAAAACGUAAAAAACCCGAUGAUCCAAAUUCGGAGGCUGAAGCAAUUUCUUCUCCAGCUAAGAAGCCAGCAAUAUAAAACGCUGGUUAAUUUAAAAAUCAAAGGCUGCAUUCCAUUCACUUAAAUAAUUUAUUUAAAACCAGCCUAGAUCCAAGUUAUCGCAUUCAUAACGUAUAUUCACUUGCGCUUGGUUAUAUAAAUUUUAUAUAUUUUAAAGUAAUUAGAAUUUUUAUUUCACUUUUUACAUAAGUUAUAAACAUUAUCUUGAAAUUGUAUUUAUUAUAUAUUUAAAUUAAUUUUUUAAAAACGUUUUUCUAAUUUUGGUUACCUUUUUUUAAUUUUUAAUUAUGUUACUGAAAAUAUUUGCAUUAAUUUUUAUUAUUAAUUUUUUCACAUUUUUCAACAUUAUAACUACAGUCAAUUACGUUAUAAUAAAAUAUUGUUUCGUAGUGUUUGCUAUUAUGCUUUUUGUUUAUAACUAACGUCACAUCAUACAUUAGAUUAUUAAAUUUAUAAUAUUCAUUACUAGUAGUAAGAAUAAAUUUUAUAUAAAUAUAACAUUAAAUAUUUUUUAAUAUACCAAUCUUUUAAUAAAUA